AUGGACCAUAGCGAGGGUGAAACCCCUCCUCCAGUUUUGCCCACGACGAACUUCUCUUAUUCUCAUACUACAACCGAGACCGAGCCCUCCGUAGCCACGGAUGCUGAAGACAUGCUAGACGUAGCAAUCUCAGUCUUGGACUCGUGCCUCGCCCAGCAAGCCUCAUCGUCACAGUCUACUCCGAGGUCUGCAGCCCGUUAUCGUCAGGUUCACCUAAGCUUCGCUAGUCCGCCACCAGACACGCGAAAGCGCGCACGAUGCGUACCGCCACCACCCACUGCUGAGGAGUUGGAGGCGCAAGACAACGCGAUCGCAGAGGAUGCAGAAGUACCCCCGGACACCGAGAUCCCUGAGGCCGAGAGGAGUCUUGCACGUCGCUUCAGCACGUCGUGGAAGCAGACGUACUCGUGGCUGAGCUUGAAGUACAACAAACAUGAGCGCCAGUUUGGUAUGAAGUGUUCCGUCUACUGUAAGUUUGCUCCUAACACCAAGUCUCCCUUUGGCGGUGCUGGAGUCGGUGCAAGGGAUUUUCAGAAGUCGUCGUGCCGCAACCAUGACCAGUCCAAGGUGCACCUCGCGGCCAUGGAAGCUGAACGACUCUCUGAAGGCACGGAGGUGAGGCAGCGCAACCUCUUGAAUAUGCUCAGCAGCGAUCCUGUCAUGGCGAGGGUCGUCAAAUGCAUGCAAGGAGCUCACUGGAUUGCGCGGAACGAUGCACCUAUCGCGCUCUACCCCAUGCUGGUGCGGUUCAUGGCGGAGCAAGGAUGCCCCGACAUGAUGACCGACGAAUCGUACGUCGACAUUACAGAGGUGAAGAACCAUGUCGACAAGGUGAAGACCAAGGUGUCGCAGUACUACGUCGAGCCCGGCGCAUCCAACGGGCCGAACACCUCUCGCCUAAACAAGUUCCUUGCUGCACACGGCAGCAAGGACAAGCGCAAGAUGGAGCUCAAGGGAGUGGACGAGAACGGCAAGCAUGAAAAAGCCGAGAUCGAGCUUCACGAGGACAUCAUUGACCCUGAAAACCCUUGGGGGGGAUGCGACUUGGAGGCCUGCGUGGACCUGGCGAGGCGUUUCGCUCAGCGCCUGAUUAAGGCGCUGGGGAAGAGGAUGGCGGAUCUGCGUCAUUUCGAUGGUGUUGGUUUUUUCUCCCCUGAUAAGUAUCCCGACCGUGCAGGAGAGCAGGACGCGUGGGUGAAGCUCCAUCUCUCCGAGCUCCUUGACAUGUUCAAGAACAAGCUACCUGGUAAGACGAGAGGGGUAGAGUAG